AAAAGUCAGCCGAUGCUUUAUUUGGGGGAAAGGUCGCCUAUUUGUCAGCCUUUAUAUUUCACCGCGAUCCGACCUAGAGGCACAGCAACACAUUGGCCUAAAACUUUGAACCCAACAGUGUUGGAUUGUUGAACCAGCGCCAUGGCUCUUCUCAGAGGGGUAUUUAUUGUAGCUGCCAAGCGCACUCCUUUUGGAACCUACGGUGGCGUGCUGAAGGACCACAGUGCAACAGAUUUAGCUGAGCAUGCAGCCAAAGCAGCCCUCGCUGCAGGGGGUGUGGCACCAGAACUCGUCAACAGUGUCAUUGUGGGAAACGUCAUGCAGAGCUCUGCUGAUGCUCCCUACAUUGCUCGUCAUGUGGGUCUGAGGUGUGGUGUUCCCAUCCCAGUUCCUGCACUCACAGUGAACCGGUUGUGUGGAUCUGGUUUCCAGUCCAUCAUCAGUGGUGCCCAAGAGAUUUGCCUGAAGGAGUCAGAGGUGGUUCUGUGCGGUGGAUCAGAGAGUAUGAGCCAGGCCCCAUACGCUGUUCGCAACAUACGAUUUGGUACCAAGUUUGGAGUGGAUCUAAAGCUUGAGGACACUUUGUGGGCAGGCCUGACUGACCUGCAUGUCAAAAUCCCUAUGGGGAUCACAGCAGAAAACCUAGCAGAGAAAUACCAGCUCUCACGAGAAGACUGUGACAACUAUGCAUACCAGACCCAACAAAAGUGGAAGGCAGCUCAUGAGGCUGGGUACUUCACAGCAGAAAUUGCUCCUAUUGAAGUAAAGGCUAAGAAGGGAAAGGUGUCCAUGGCUCAGGAUGAACACCCACGUCCUCAGACCACACUCGAACAGAUGGCCAAGCUGCCUCCUGUCUUCAAGAAGAAUGGGACAGUUACUGCUGCCAACGCUUCUGGUGUAUGUGAUGGUGCUGCUGCAGUAGUGAUUGCAAGUGAAGAAGCUUUGAAAGAACACAAGCUCACUCCACUGGCCAGAAUUGUGGCCUAUCACGCAUCAGGCUGUGACCCAAGCAUUAUGGGAAUUGGCCCCGUUCCAGCAAUUACCGGAGCUCUUAAAAAAGCCGGUCUGACUCUCACCGACAUGGAUCUUGUUGAAGUGAAUGAGGCUUUUGCCCCUCAGUACCUGUCUGUUGCCAAGGCACUUGGACUGGAUCCAGAGAAAAGCAAUGUUAACGGCGGAGCCAUUGCUCUUGGGCAUCCUCUUGGUGCUUCUGGUACACGCAUCACUGCUCACCUGGCUCAUGAGCUCAGGCGACGAGGAGGAAAAUAUGCUGUUGGCUCUGCCUGCAUAGGUGGUGGUCAGGGCAUCGCCAUCGUCCUCCAGAGGUGCUGAGGAUUGUUGAAGCUGCCAGUAUCAGAAGAAUGUUUGUGGAAGAAUGACAUGCACUCACACACUGUCCACUCGUGAACAAAAUCAUAGCUGACACUUGCUAAGAAGAGAUUUUUCUUUACAUCCACAUUAAAGGGCAAAUUUUUUCAGAACAUAAAGACUUCUGCGUGAUUUAUAACCACAUUACUCAUAUGUAAUGUGCAGUUUUGUUUGUUCUUUUUUUCUGUUCAUGGUAAAUGGUUCAGCUGUUCUUUGCCUUGGAACCCCUCUGUAGAUAAUGAUCUGUACUUCUAUGCUUGUUGUAAGUAAGUGUCACAGGACUAUGGUUCUGUGUAUAAUAGGAAUGGACUUAUCUCCAUGCUAACAUCAAGCCAUCAACCAUAUUAACUCAAAGUCCAGUUGUUUUCAACUAGAGAGAGGUUUAAAGGAACUGUAAAAUCUGAUGUUCUAUGUCUACAAUAAAAAUUGAUUCAUGAUGAUUUCUCUGCCAAAGAACCUCAAUAAACUAAAUGUUGAUGUGAAAA